AGUGAAAUAGUUCCGGGUGCGCAUGUGGGUGAAAGGUCGCGGUGAGCGUAAGAAAGAGACACUGCUGUCACCGCUAAACCUGAAGACCUUUAAAAAACACAAAGCGUCUUUUAUUCAGUCUGAGAUCAACGAAACCACAAAAGACCAGACUGAGAUCAAAGAGAAACACAAGAGAUCAGACUGAGAUCAAAGAAAAAACACAAGAGAUCAGACUGAAUCAUGUCGAAGCAGCAGCCGAUCAGUCCGAUGAAGAAUUUCUUCGCCGGUGGAUUCGGGGGAGUUUGUUUAGUGUUUGCUGGACACCCGCUGGACACUAUCAAAGUGCGACUGCAGACGCAGCCAAAGCCUCGUGCAGGUGAAUCGCUGCUUUACAGAGGCACAUUUGACUGCUUUAAAAAAACCCUUGCAAAAGAGGGGGUCCGGGGUCUGUAUAAGGGGAUGGCGGCCCCUAUCAUCGGUGUCACACCCAUGUUUGCUGUGUGUUUCUUUGGGUUUGGACUGGGCAAGAAACUGCAGCAGAAAACACCAGAUGACGUUCUGACAUAUCCGCAGUUGUUUGCGGCAGGAAUGUUGUCAGGUGUGUUCACGACGGCCAUCAUGGCUCCAGGAGAGAGAAUCAAAUGUUUGCUGCAGAUCCAGGCCGCGUCAGGAGAGGUGAAGUAUAGCGGGCCGAUGGACUGCGUCAAGCAGCUGUACAGAGAAAGUGGCAUCCGUGGCAUUUAUAAAGGAACGGCACUGACGCUCAUGAGAGAUGUGCCCGCGAGUGGAAUGUACUUCAUGACCUACGAGUGGCUGAAGAAGAUUCUUACACCAGAGGGGAAGAGUCCGACCGAGUUGAGCAUUCCCAGUGUUCUGUUUGCCGGUGGGAUGGCUGGAAUCUUUAACUGGGCUGUGGCAAUUCCUCCUGACGUCCUGAAGUCUCGUUUUCAGACAGCUCCUGAGGGCAAAUAUCCCAAUGGUUUUCGUGAUGUCCUGAGAGAGUUGAUUCGGGAGGAGGGGAUCGGCUCGCUCUAUAAAGGCUUCAAUGCCGUGAUGCUCCGAGCGUUUCCGGCCAAUGCGGCUUGUUUUCUGGGUUUUGAAGUGGCUAUGAAGUUUUUGAGCUGGAUCGCUCCAAAUCUGUGAUCCAGAUGAACGGUCUGUGACACCAGAAGACAUCUCUACACACGCUGUGAUGAAUCCACAGCACAGACUUUCAUUUGUUUUGAGAUUUUUAAACUGAAAUAGUUGAAUGUGCCUUAAUGCCAGACUGUGAAAUCAUUUCUGCCUUCAGGGAAGCUGAAUGUUUAUCAUCUAAAAUAAUACAACAGUUUUACAACAAACGUGAGUGUGUUUUAUACAGUAACACAUUCAUUUCCAUGUCAGUCAUUUACAUUAUGAAGUCAGAUAUGCACAUUUAUGGCCAGACAGGGUUUAAGUCUAGGCCAAGACUAAAAUGCUUGUUUUUCAUUGAAAACAGCUUGCGCUUGUAUAUCUUAACAUAUAUCAGUGCCAUUGUAUAGGUUCAAGAUGCUAAUAAUGUAGAUGUAAGGUUAGUUAGUAAACUAAACGUUGUAGGUCUAGUCCUGGCUUAACCUAAACCCUGUCUGGAAAACUGACCCAUAUGUUUCAUUUAUGUUUAGAUUUAUUUUAAUUGUUUUGUUAAUUGUGUUCACCUGCAUUAAAUAAAUGUAUAUUGCGGAUUUUCA